AGUGCUAUGACGAAAACGAGUGAAGGCAAAGAUGAUGACGACGAUGACGAUAAUGACGAUGAUGAAAAACUGCCAGUCGGACCCGGCAUUGACCCGGAGAGGUUGAAAGCGUUCAAUAUGUUUGUGCGUCUGUUUGUAGACGAAAACUUAGACCGUAUGGUCCCAAUCUCUAAGCAGCCAAAAGACAAAAUUCAAGCUAUCCUUGAGGCCUGUGAUAGGCAGUUCCCAGAAUUCCAUGAACGCUCCCGGAAGCGCAUCAGGACAUAUCUCAAGUCGUGUCGACGCAUGCGCAGAUCCAAGGAACAUAAUGGCUGGGAGCCACUCCGCCCUACCCCUCCCCACCUCACGUCAGCUGCUGCUGAGAGUUUGCUCGCCACAGCUUGUGAGAAUGAAAGCCAAAACGCCAAACGUAUGCGCUUGGGACUCGAACCCUUGCCC